AUGAACUUUGAGCUAGAGAGCGCCAGAGGACGAGAUAGUGAUAAGGAACAUCAUGACCCGACAAUCGGAUGGGCACAACCUGAGCUUUCAUUCCACGUGACGGGCGCCAGCGACUUCAUCGCCAGCCACGUUGUUCGGCAGCUACUUGAAAAGGGCGAAAAGGUCCACGCGACUGUGCAAAACACCAAGAACACCGCAAAGAUACAGCACCUGCACGGCACGCAAAAUGUGCUUGAUGCAGUGCAGAAGAUUGAAUCGGUCAAGACGGUUAUCUUGACAUCGUCUUGCGCCGCAAUUUACGGAGACAAUGCGGACAUGCUGGAGAUGAAGGAUCGCACGAUGACUACGGAGUAUUUCAACACCUCCAACUUCGUACAGCAUAACGCCUACUCUUACUCGAAGACCGUCGCCGAACAAGAAGCCUGGAAGAUUUAUGAGGCACAGGCCAAGCCUCCUCGCUGCCUGUCUCUCCUCGACCAGAUACUCUGUGGCCAAUUCUUUGCUGGUGUUCCCGAUCUGCACUUCGCCUUGGUCGACGUUCGUAAAGUGGCUACGACCCACAUCCGUGCCGCCGAGAAUGCAGAUGCACACGGUCGCUACAUCUUAACACACGAUGCCUCUAAUAGUCUCGUUGACAUUACUAGGAUGUUGAGACCCAUCACCAAAUUGUCUCUUGUGCCCAAACAUACACUUCCUAACAUGGUUGUGCGACUGGCUGGACCUUUCCUCGGUUUCAGUCAAGAUUGGCUUCGAAAGAAUCUCAGUAUUUCAUUCAAGGCGGACAAUCGUCCAAGCCAAGAACAACUGGGGAUCGAAUAUCGCCCAUUGGAGGAAACGGUUGCAGAUCAUUACGAGUCAUGGAAAAAAGCCAAGUCCCGUUGA